AGUUGUAAUAAAAUUAAAAGCCUUUUAGUCUUACGAGCCUUAAAACCCAUGGCUUUAGCGAAUGCAACUUUUUCAGAAAUUUUGGACGACUUAUCAAGUCGAUUCAUAAUAAAUGUUCCAGAGGAAGAAUUGGCUUCUGUGGAGCGUAUAUGUUUUCAAAUUGAACAGGCACAUUGGUUUUAUGAAGAUUUUGUUAGAGAACAGAACCCCACGUUUGCCGAUUUCAUGCAAUAUAAAAUUCGAGUUCCCGUAUGCGGAGCCAUUAUGCUAAAUGAUACAAUGGACCAGUGUGUACUGGUAAAAGGGUGGUCAUCUCGUUCUGGAUGGGGAUUUCCUAAGGGAAAAAUUAACAAGGAUGAGCCGGAUUCUACCUGUGCGGCUCGUGAGGUUUUGGAGGAAACCGGAUAUGAUAUAUCACCCUUAAUUAAGGAACACGACUAUGUAGAACUAACUAUUCGUGAACAACGAAUAAGACUAUAUAUUGUUGUUGGUGUUCCUGAAGAUACAGAAUUUUGUCCAAAAACGCGAAAAGAGAUUAGUGAUACUCCUUAUAAUUGUGGAGGCGGUUGUGUGAAAUAUGGGAGCAGUAGGUUUUACAUGGUCGUCCCCUUUGUUAGCAAACUUCGACAUUGGUUAAAAUCACAAAGAAAAUUGGUACGCAAAAGAGUAACUGAUGCAUCACAUCAAGAGGAAUCUUCUGAAGUCGUAGUAUUCAAUGGUCAUGGUACAGACUCAGGACCAAAAGAAACAUCUCCGGAAACUUCAGUACCAGGUACAGAAAGCGAAGGUAGCCCUCAUGAACAAUCACCAACAUUUAGUGUGAAAUUACAUAAAUCAUCUCCAAAUAUCCACGGCACGUCUCAGACAAUUAUGCGAUCAAUGUUUAGCUUAGAUGCCCCUAUGUCCACACGGAUACCUACGUUUUCCACUUCACUGCCACAGGAAUUACAACAACUUAAUGCACCGGAUGCAGGAUUAAACUUUGAGUAUAAUCAAAUGCCGGCAUCUGAAUUUACACAAUCUCAUUCAUAUUUCUCGACUUCACUUCCUCUUGGCCAAUCACCUUUUGAUUCGUAUACCUCAAAUGGUUUAACAUUUCUUCAGUCGACACCUAAUAAAAUUCAAUCCUCCAGUUUAUCAAACUUGGAAGGUGCGAAGCUACAUAUGCCUAGAAGAAAAUCAUCAAUCGGUUCUACAUACUCUAAUUCUCAUUCACAUAUCAACACGACCAAUAGUCGUGACAUAACAGCCCCUGUCCCGAUAAACGCUAACUCUAACGCAGCCAUUGCUGCCUUGGACCCUGAACAGAAACUUCGUCGAAAUUCAUUACUGAGUUUAUUUACUGCUUCAACUUCGUCUAAACAAUGUGGUGCAACAACUCCUAUGUCAUCAGCAACCGUAGGUCAUGACGAUCAACGUAGAAAUUCGUUACUUAACGUACUUCAAUCAGAAAUACCUUCGACUUCCAAUCAAAUUUAUUCGACUUCUACUCCUUUAACUCACGAUGACAUCACUCAGCAUCAAGCGCAACAAUCUUUAUUACAUUUUUUACCUAGUUCAUACGAUCAUAUCAACACUGCAGAAAUUAUGUCGAGUUCUAAUACUCAUACCAAUACCAUGUUCAGUAUGUUUCAAAAUUCAGCUGCUCAAAGGAACCCGAAAGCCAUGACAUCACAAUCUAGCGCAAUUCCAGAUGCAAAUUAUUUAGGAAAUCGCCGAGAUUCCGCGUUCAGCAGACAUUCGAGUCAAGGCGCUACCACUCCAAAAUUGUCGACUAAUGUUGGUCCUAUUGGCCAAGGAAGACCUUCAAAUAAUAAUGAAAAUAACAACCCCGAAAUUCAUAAAGUCGCACGGAAGAUGUCAUUAUUGGGUUUAUUUUCUACGACAUAUUCGUCGAAUUCCGAUAAGAAUACUCCCAAUACUUGUCGCGCAACUGCCGAAAGUACUCCUAGUUCGCUAAGGGUAAAUAAAGAGUCUUUGUUACGUCUAAUAACGGCUUCUCCUCCGCCGCAAGGCGCUCCUUUAUCCCCUAAAGUCUUUGACGCAGAAAUUCAAGCUCAAGAAAGAGCACUGCUGAAUCUGCUAAAGUUGACAAAUCCCUCGAAUAAUGGUGUUGUGGGUGAAAAUGUUUCUCCUAAUCUUAUUAGUAAUGAUUCAAUGUCAGCAUCAAUUCCUCAUGGGUAUGACCAGAAAAUAAGUGAAUUUGGCCAUUCCAACAAUGAUAAUGUUCGUGUUGAAAUUAACAAAGAAAAUAAUCCAUUUUUGGGUGAUUAUGUAAGAUACACUCCGCAAGACAAUAAGUUGAAUGAAAAUGGAUCUAGUGCGUCCAGCAAACGAGCGUAUCCUGAAGCUACCAGAUUAGUCGAAAUUUCACCGGAUCUUCGGGUUCGUCACGAACUUCUUGAUAGAAUUCAUGCGUUUAUCCCUCCAGGUGGUACGAAUCCAAAGGAAGGAUUUAAUUCACGUUCUCGAAGCCUUGGAAAUAGUGACAAUCCGAUGGUCAAUUUCAAAUUUGACAUAGAGAAAAUUGUUGCAGCAUUGUGA